GUGCCGCCAUGUUGGUGAGGGCAAUAACGGCGCCCGGGCUGCGCCGGUGGUGCCAGGGCCAGCGGGGAGCGGCCGCCGCCUGUUUCCCGCUGGGCCGGGCGCUGCUGGGCGUGAGGGGCGCCGAGGCCGCCGCCUUCCUGCAGGGGCUGCUCACCAAUGACGUCACGCAGCUGGUGGCGGAGGGCGACGCCCCCCCCGCACUCUACGCGCACGCGCUGAACGUGCAGGGCCGCUGCUUGUAUGACGUCAUCCUGUACAGGCUCCACGGGAGCACAGCAGAGGAGCCUCACAUCCUGCUGGAGUGCGACAGCAGCGUCCUGGACUCCAUCCAGCAGCACCUGAAACUCUACAAGAUCCGCAGGAAAGUCACCAUCAGCCCCUGCCCCGACCUGUCCCUGUGGGCUGUCAUCCCUGGGGACGCCAGCUCCCUCCCCAAAUGUGCAGACCAGGCUCUGCUCCUCACCCCCGACCCCAGGGCAGAAGUCAUGGGCUGGAGACUGAUUGCAAAGAAAGGAGCAAACGUGGCAGAGAUUAUCCCUGGCAGCCAGGUUGGAGACGUGCAGGAUUACCACAGGCACAGGUAUAAACAAGGAAUCCCUGAAGGGGUGAAGGAUCUCCCCCCUGGCGUCGCCCUGCCCCUGGAAUCCAACCUGGCCUUCAUGAACGGCAUCAGCUUCACCAAGGGCUGCUACAUCGGCCAGGAGCUGACGGCCCGGACCCACCACAUGGGGGUGAUCCGCAAGCGCCUGCUGCCCGUCACCUUCCCGGGGCCGCUUCCCCCUGCCGGCGUCCCCGAGGGGGCCGACAUCCUCACCCGGGCGGGGAAACGCGCCGGCAAGUUCCGUGCUGGAGGGGGAGAGCUGGGCAUCGCCCUGCUGAGGCUGGCUCACCUCCACGAGCCGCUCUGCAUCCCCCUGGACGGGGACAGGGUGGAGCUCAGGGCCGCCACGCCCGAGUGGUGGCCGAAAGGGGCUGCUAAGUAGGCGAGGGAGCAGCUCUGGGAGAGGUUUGGGGUGGUUCGGGUGGGGAAUUUGGGAAUGCUGCUGUUCUGUGGGGAGGGUCUUGCAGGAUUCCUCGCAGCGAGAACCCAAAGCUGUGGCAGAUCACUGUGGGUUGGCUCUGCCGUGGAGAGAAAAAUCCAGGGAAUUGCAGCUUUUCCUGAGGGCGAUCUCCACUUUUUUAGGGGGGCCAUGACUUGUUGGGACCCUGUAUUUAGGGGGUGCCCUGUGUUGUUGGGUUGGACUCUGGAUGGAUCUCCAGGCUGACACUCACUCCCUCAGACUCUGCUCUCCCAAACAAUGGGAUCAGGACUUUCCCUGUUCCAUGCACUGAUUUUUUCAGUUCAGAAUAACCAUUCUGAGAUAUUACAACUUUAUUGGUUCACAAUAACCAUUCUGAGAUAUUAUAAAUUCUAUUGGUUCACAAUAACCAUUCUGAGA